AUGCUUCGCUCUCAAUUUCACCAAUAUGCUGUUUGGUGCCGUUUACUCCAACCCGUGGUCACACAGAAGAGCCCCCCUCUACCCUCCCUUCUGCGGUACUUUGUUGUUGUUGUUGUCUUCACAUUAAAAGAGUUCAGCACCCUCUUCCCUCUGUGUACACACGAACUAGCGCUAUCCACUAGGCCAGGAGCCGAAGCGAGAGAAAAACUCAAUGUGCAAGAAAAGCUCGCUUACGCCGGGAUUCGAACCCCUGACCUGACCUCUAGAAGGUUUCGAAGUUACCAACUAGACCACCGGGGCGACCUAUACAUUUAACAAUACGGAGCGAUGAAAAAUGAAAAUGUUAUCCCGUGCCCACUCGCACACAUCAUAUUAUGCAUAGAAAAAGUGGUAAAUUGCUACGCGCACAACCCGAAGUGUACCUGUUGUACAAAAUUCCAUGUUAGGAUUCAAUGUAAGGGUUCUACACCAACAACACACCCGAUGAACCAACUACCCAGCACCAGCCUUCUACACCUUCCCAGCAAAAGAUACAACAGAUAGAUGCACAAGAUGGCUACCGAACUAACUGUGUAAGAUCUUCUUGUUGACCCUGUUAACCCGCGGGGGAGAUGUCUCUGUGUACUGAUCGGGCCCGUUGCGCCAAAAUCACAACCACAAGCAUGAAGCCUGCUCUUGAAGACAGCAAACCCACCUACCUGUGCUUUUGCUGCUCUCUCCCUCCUCUCUUUGCUCGCCUCUCUCCCACUCCGCCGCGGCCAGAUCUGUCCGCCGAGCGCGGUCGCAGAUCGGGAUGGAUAGACUAGGGUGUUGAAAACCCGCCCGCGUUUCGCGAUACUCGGCGUGCCAAGCGCCUUUGCCGGUGUGGAAGAAAUGUCCCGAAAAAAACGGGGAAGGGACCGGGUAUCCCCCAAGAUAUGACGUGUCUCUGCCAGGCUCUUCGAGCGUGUGAAACGGUUGCACACACGGCCGUUGAAAAACCGAUCACAUGCAUACGUUCCCCCAACAUAGAAUGAUGAUGAUGACCUCUUGCCGACGAAGAGCGAAUGUCUCCGACCAAAGGUGCUGGCCGCAUCUUUGGUCAAUCUGUUCUCCGCCCAGCUCGGCAGUCUUGCGCUGAUCCCACGCGCACACCCAUCUCGUCGGCAGAUCUACGCCGCGAGCUUCUGCCAUGGAUUGGCCUGGCUGAUUUGCUGGAGCGGUCGGC